AUGGGUGACCUCACUAUCGAUGCCGAGGCCUUCUGUAGGCGGCUCAAGUCGCUGUACGAGACGUGGGAGGCCAACCCCGAUGUCUUCGCGGGGGCCUCCGCACUGGUGAUUCCGGCGGGCGCGUCGAGCGACGAGAUCAGGUACCUCAAGUCCGUGUCCCUGCACCUCUGGCUGUUCGGAUACGAGAUCCCAGAGACGGUGCUGCUGAUCUGCAAGGAGAAGGUGAUGAUGGUGGCCAGCAACAAGAAGUGCAAGUUGCUGGGGACGCUGGUGGCGCCGUGCAAGGAGAAGGCCGGGAAGGAGCUCGUGCUGCUCUCCAAGGACAAGGCCGAGGACGGGUCCGAGCAGAUGAAGGCGCUCCUCGCCGCCAUCAAGGAACAGGACACCUCCGACUCCCCCAAGGUCGGGACGCUCCUCAAGGAGGACCCCGAGGGCAAGAUGGUGCAGGUGUACAACUCGGUGUUCGCGGCCGCGGCCCUGGACCGCCAGGACUGCGCCGCGGGGCUCGCGGAGGUGAUGGCGGUGCGCGACGACGCCGAGCAGCGGCACCACCGCAAGGCGGCGCUGCUGUGCUCGCAGGUCAUGAAGUCCGUCGUGCGCGAGCGCGUCGAGGGCGUCGUCGACCAGGGCCGCUCGAUCAAGCACGGCAAGCUCGCGAAUGAGGCCUCGGAGGCCAUCCAGGACCCAAAGGCGAAGAUCGGACUGAAACUGAACAAGAACUCCGUGGACAUCGCGUACGACCCCGUCGUGCAGAGCGGCGGGCAGUUCGACCUCAAGAUCUCCGCGCAGACCGACCCGAACCAGGUCCUGGACACGUCGAUGAUCGCGGUGUCGCUCGGCGCGCGCUACCAGUCCUACUGCGCGACCGUGUCGCGGACCUUCUUCGUCAACGCGACCGAGGAGAAGGAGAAGAAGUACAAGGCGCUGAUCGACGCGCACGGCAAGGUUCUGGCCGCGCUGACCGACGGCGCGGACCUCGCGGGGGUCUAUGCCGCGGCGCAGGAUGCGUUGCGGGCCGCGGGGUGCCCCGAGAUGGCCGACGCGCUGACGAAGCACAUAGGGUUCGGGACGGGCAUCGAGUUCAAGGACUCGCGGUUCAUGCUGUCGCCGAAGGCCGCGGGGACGACCGCGCGCGCGGGGAUGGUGUUUAACGUCAUUCUCGGGUGCGGGCCGCUGGAGGACAGCUCGGUGCAGGAGGGCGGGGCGGGGCGCACGUACUCGCUGCUGGUCGCGGACACGGUGCUCGUGAAGGGCGAGGGGAAGCCCGCGGAGGCGCUGACGGACUUCUCGAAGCGCGACUGGGGCAACGUGGCCUACAAGAUUGAAGAGGGUCAGGAGGAGAUGGAGGUGGAGUCGGACGACGGGGACGGCGCGGCGAUCGGGAAGGACAACCUGCGCGACCGCGGGCAGAACGAGAACCUGCAGAUGCAGGCGCGGCAGAAGGACAUCGUCGAGCGGAAGAACCAGGAGACCAUGGAGCGCCUGCUCGCGGCGAAGAAGGAGCUCGAGACCGGGCCGCAGAAGCAGGCGCGGUCGUCGAAGACCAUCCAGGCGUUCAAGUCCCUGGCGGACCUCGUCCCGGUGAUGCACCAGAUGGUCGUCCAGUGCGACGCGCGGCACGAGUGCCUCCUUCUGCCCAUCUACGGCGUCCUGGUGCCCUUCCACAUCAUGACGGUGCGCUCGAUCAACUUCAGCCAGGACCUCGAGCACGCGCAGAUCCGCGUCAUCUUCAACACGCCCGCGGCGCACGGGACCGAGGGCUAUGACGCCGCGGUGAGGUUCAAGAGCCACGUGUUCGUCAAGGAGAUGAACUUCCGCAGCGGGGACCCGAAGCACGCGGCGCGCGUGGUGCAGGAGGCCAAGCAGCUCCUGCGGCACGUGCGCGCGCGCGACAAGGAGCGGCUCGAGAAGAGCACGCUGGUGUCGCAGGAGAAGCUGGUGCCCAUGAAGGGCAAGAUCUACCGCCUGACCGACUGCUGGAUCCGGCCGACGACGGCGGGCCGCGGGCGGAAGGUCCCCGGGGUGCUCGAGGCGCACACGAACGGGUUCCGGUACUCGUCGCCGCGGAGCGAGGAGGUGGUCGACAUCAUGUACCGCAACAUCCAGCACUGCUUCCUCCAGGAGUCGGAGGGGGAGCACAUCACGCUGCUGCACUUCCACCUGGCGAACCCGAUCAUGGUGAACAAGAAGAAGACCUCGGACGUGCAGGUGUACGUGGAGGUCAUGGACGUCGUGCAGACGCUCGACGGCGGGCGGCGCAACGCGUACGACCCCGACGAGAUCGAGGAGGAGCAGCGGGAGCGCGAGAAGCGCAACAUGACCAACCGGCAGUUCCGCGCGUUCUGCAAGAAGGUCAUGGAGGACAUCUGGGACAAGGACGCGCGCCUGCGCGACAAGGAGUUCGACAAGCCGUACCGCGACCUGGGCUUCCACGGGAUCCACGCCAAGUCCAACGUGCUGAUGCUGCCGAGCGCGCACUGCCUGGUCGAGCUGCAGGAGAUGCCGUUCUUCGUGUGCCCGCUCGACGACAUCGAGCUCGUGUCGCUCGAGCGCGUCGAGUUCGGCUCGAAGUCGUUCGACAUGGUCAUCGUGUUCAAGGACUUCACGAAACCUGCCAAGGCGGUGUCCUCGAUCCCGACGACGCGGCUGGACACCGUCCGGCUGUGGCUCACGCAGUCCGACACGGCGUUCUACGAGCACCGCAAGAACAUCAAGUGGUCGGAGGUGCUCAAGGCGCUCAUCAAAGACCCAGAAACCCUGAUUGAGUGCGGCGGGUGGAAGGGGUUCCUGGGCAUGGAGGACGAGGAGGACGAGGAGGAGGAGGAGGAGGAGUCGGACUUCGAGCCGACGGACAGCGAGGAGGAGGAGUCCUCGGAGGAGGAGGACAGCGACGACUACGUGGACAGUGCAGACGAGGAGCCGGACUCGGAGGAGGAGGCCGACAGCGACGAGGAGGCCGGGAAGACCUGGGACGAGCUGGAGCGCGAGGCGAAGCGCCAGGACCGCGAGCGGGACGCGAUCGACGGCGAGGAGGAGCGCGCGCCCCCCAAGAAGAAGAAGAGGCCCCCGGGGGGGGGUUCCGCGGGACCCUCCAAGAAGGUGAAGCGGUGA